AACUGUUGAAUACUCGAAAAAGGAACAGGAGACGAGGAAAGAGGAAACCAAAUGCCGGGGUGAGGGUGACCGACGCGUAUUCGGUUGCCCCAGGUAACCAUCGGAGACCCGGCGCUUGUCGCUUCGAUCGGAAGACUUAUGCAGCGGCACGAGCUCGAGUAGGGAGCGUAACGAGAUGUUUUCCGGGCGCCGGCGGACCAACAAGCGUCGUCCUUGUCGUCGUCAAUGACCUCCUCCUGGAAGGCCGGCCAAUCGCUGCCGGAGCAGUGAUGCUGCUUCUUGAGCGUCGUUAACCCUCGGAGUUCGUUGAUGCGCCUCCUCUGAGCCACUGAGGGAUCACCCGUGGCAUUGCUCGUUGCAUCGAAGGUUGUAAUUCGGAUAUUUAUAGAACCUUUCUUGACGACGGCAGGGCUGGUGUGUGCGCGUGCGGUAAGAGUUGCGCGGCAGGCUUGCAACCGGGAGCAACGUACUUGACCCCUCGGACUCGCCAAAGCAGGAAAUGUCUGCGGACGCACGUGACACCGAGACGCCUUGAAGGUGCACCGGUGAUUAUAUACGCAUGUGCGAAUUCGUGCGCCAGCCAUCCGAAACGACUGCGUCGUCUUCAUUGUCCCGGUGAGACCUGCUAUAGACCUGACCGCCGUGGAAGCCGGAAAUAAUGCCCCAGCCUGCCCUUCAUAUGGAGUGCUCGUGACGAUUCCUACCCCUAAAUGGACUCGCAGCUGCAUGGGGGAAGCCCAAGAUGAGUAAGUUGUCCUCGUCGACGCGGACCGGGUUCCAUCGCUGGUCGUGUGACAUCAAACCAAGCAGAGCGGAAAGCCAGCUAACGAAGCCAGUCGUGGCUUCUAUAACGACUCUGCCACGUCUAGACACCACCGCGUAGCAGUGUACAGACGGGCAUGUAGGUGAAGGUGGUGGCACGAGGAGAAUUGCGCAGAGCGCGAGCAAGAAAUUCGUCGCCGGUAAAAAAGGGUUUCCCUUGCUUCACUUUUUCUUUUCUCCCUUUCUCUUCGGAAUGACGUACGCGAAAGAAGUGGCGCGUCUCUACGGCGCCAAGGUGCUUGCAGCAAUCUGUUCGCGGCGACAGAACUUCCAGGCGUGAUGUCCGGGGUAGUGUGUAGGUGCCUGGCGCUCUGACACGAUCGGCGAUUGUGCCGCCUGAACGUCACCCGCGCCACGUCGGGUCCUCCGCCGUCGGUCGACUCGUGGAUAUCGGAACUGCCGCUUAGGACGACGACGGCGACAGUAGCAGCGGAGGCGCUUCCGCCGGACGAUAAGCAAAAGAUAGUGCCGCCCCCUCCAAGCGCACGCGAGUGAGCGCAUCGGUGUCUGUGAGUGUCUCGCGGGAGCCUCGAAACAGGAAAAACCGAGCCUUUUUCUCCGCAAUAUUUUUUCCCCUCUUCUCGCGCGCGCACUUUCGAGGAGUACAGUCGUCCGCCGUCGCAUCCAACACCGUCGGUCGUCGUGCGCAUGCCCAGGGGGUGUGCGUGAGUGUGUUUGUGUGUGUGAUACCGCGGCCGCGCGUGAUUGCCGCCCGAGCCAUGCGUGCAUGCCGCCGCUCGGGCGCUUCCGAUUAGGCGUCGAAUACCACCAGCACCGCCACGGAGCGCGCGAGCCGACCGCGCAAGGCGACCGUCGGCAAAACAACAACAGCGGCGCGGGGUCUCACCGCCUCCGGCGACGUCGACGGUGGCAGCAAAGACGGCGGCGACUUGGCCAACCUAGACACGCGGACGUCAGCAGCCUUGGCGGUGGCGGCGGCAGCGACCAAGACGACGACGACGCUCCUCCUACUCAGCCCGCGCCACCUCGCCGUCGAAGCGCGAUGAAGGGUGCCGCCGUUAUAACGUUCAGCGUGCUGCUGCACCUGUGCGGCCCACUGUGGCUGGGCGCGAGCGGUGUCGUGCGCAACAGGACCGAGGACCUGCCCAUCGUGUUUCCAGACGACGACAACGUGGCCAGCGCAGGCGACGCGACGCCGUUGACGACGAGGACGGCUCGCAGGCUGCCCGACCCUCCGUUCGUCCGCAGCAAAGGGAUUCCCGACUCGAUCCUCUUCCGGAUGCGCGACGUGAAGAACCUGACCGACUUCGUGAGCCAGUUCCUCGAGGGCUACCCCGGCAGUCUCACCAAGAAGGUCAACUGGGUCAUGCCGUGGCAAACCGACGCUACCGUGGACGGGUUUGAAGGCCCACCGUCAAUCUUAGGCAAAAAAGGACCCGUGGGAGUGCUGUCGCGGCCCUUGGCGGCGGCGGCUGCUGGCACUGCUGGCGCAGGUUCGUCAGCUUCGGUGCCCAACCCGGAGCCCGGCACCUGUCUGCCGACCAAGCAGCUGGUCGAGUUCCCAAAGUCCAGUGACCCGUCCAUCAUCCUGUGGCCACCGUGCACGAGGGUGCCGCGCUGCGGUGGCUGCUGCCCCAGCACCAUCCUUAAGUGCGCACCCACCAAGACCACCAACGUCACCUUCAAGGUGAUCAAGGCCCAGUACCCCGAGCCCGGCGCGAGCAAGUUCAACUUCGUGGGCCACGAGAUCGUGACGCUGGAGAAGCACGACAAGUGCAGCUGCGAGUGCAAGGAGAAGCCGACCGACUGCAACGCGCUGCAGCAGUACAACGAGUGCCGCUGCGUGUGCCGCAACAACAACGAGAUGCUUUCCUGCAACGGGCCGGGCAUGGUGUGGGACCCGCGCGACUGCCGCUGCAAGUGCCGCGACUACGCCGAGUGCUCCACGGGGUUCUACUACAACACGCGCAGCUGCAGAUGUGAGCAGCUGGGACGAUCUCGCAUCGCGCCCCGGAUUCGGCAGCCGCUGCCCAGACUGUACGCGCCGUACACGGACAACAGGGAGAACGUGCAGUCCAGGAGCUACCGCAACCUGGACCUGUUCAUCGGCGACGAUUACUCGAGGCCGUACACGGACGCCGAGCACGCGCCCACCGUGCGCCGAGACCUGUCCACGAAGAUCACGACGACCUCGCGCAGUUCCUCGUCGUCUGCGACAACCGCCUCACCCUCGGCGGGGCCACCUCGAUCGCCUCAGCGUUCGACGGCGAUGCCCUGGUCGUCCACGCAGAGACUCAAUGCCACAACGGCGGUCAGCACUCAGUCCACAUCACGCAGUCAAGGAGCAGCGUAGCGCACGUACAGUGUAGGACCAAAAGUGCAAAUGCGCCUCGAACAAAAACUGUGUGCUUUUUGCCGAGCGUGCCUUGGGGUCAAAGUGCUGGCCCUGUGCGGGGCUUUCAAACGGGUCGAGGGGUAACAUUCGUGGCAACAAUUAUGGCUUCCGAGAUCGGUGAGAGGCCGUGCCACAACGAUGAUUCGAUCUCGGAGGCAACUCUAUAGUUGGCCGAAAUGGACGGACGUGCCGGGACUUGCUGCCUUGUUUGUUGAUCGUGUGCUUGUAUCUGUGCCCCAGCGACAGUGUGAAGAAAGGUGUGGACACUAUUUUUGAGAGUUCGCAUGGCUCAGGCAGCCAUCGAUGUGUCGAAGCUCACUGUUUCGCAAGUGUACCGCGCUGUUGUUCAUGCUUCCUUGUGGCGCGAGGGCGAAAGUGCGUGGUUGCGUGUGCUGUUGACUGAAUAAAAAACUCGCAACUUUGGCGACUAAAGAAACGA